AUUUUGAAUCCGCGAAUCGGUAAAAAAAAGUAAUUUUGAUAUCUGUGUUACAGUAUGUUGUUCUCGGUUUAUCAGGCUGUUACUAUCAGGAUCGUUCCAUGUGGUAAGACGCCUUUUGGGCAAGGCUGCAAAAACGAAUGCUUUUCGAUUGUUCGAGUAGCCACAUAUUCCGUCAAACACAAAGAAAAUGGUGAAAGAAGAACAGGAGACGGCCAACCGGCCAGACAACACCGCCUUCACUCAGCAGAGGCUUCCAGCAUGGCAGCCCAUGCUCUCCGCUGGCAUUGUCAUCCCAGGGUUUGUCCUCAUCGGUCUGGCCUUCAUUGGUAUUGGUGUGGCUCUUUUUGUCACUACACGGAGUAUCCAAGUGUUGGAGCUAGACUACAGUGGUGUUGAGCAGAGCUCACCCUGCUUUAAGUGCAGUGACACUAGUACUAAGAAUUGUGUGUGCAACAUGAACUUCAACCUGGACAAACUGUUUGAGGGGCCUGUUUUCUUCUAUUACGGUUUGUCCAACUACUUUCAAAACUUCAGGCGAUAUGGUGUGUCCAAAGAUCUUGACCAACUGUCUGGAAACUUGGAUAACUUUGAGAAUCCCACUGACGAUUGCGUUCCUUUUCAAUAUGACGCCAACAAAAAACCAAUUGUGCCAUGUGGAGCUGUGGCAAACAGCAUUUUCAAUGACACAUUCAAACUGUAUCAGAUCAUCGGGGGGACUAAAAAGCCUGUGCCCUUAGAUGGAAAAGGGAUUGCUUGGUGGACCGACUACAACAUCAAGAACAGAAAUCCAUCUGUGACACCUCUGAAGAACGCCUUCAAUGGUACUGUACAGCCCUCAAAUUGGCCCAAGCCGGCGUAUGAAUUAGACCCCACGGACCCCGCCAACAACGGCUUUAUCAACCAAGACUUCCUGGUGUGGAUGAGGAGGGCCGCACUGCCAAACUUUAGGAAGCUGUACCGACGAAUUGCGGAGGAGGAUUACGCCCAGGGUCUGCCAGCUGGAAACUACUCUCUUGAAAUUGCCUACAACUACCCUGUUCUGAGCUUCGACGGCAGGAAGAAGGUCGUGUUGAGCAACGUUUCCUGGAUGGGAGGCAAGAACGAGUUCCUGGGCAUCGCCUACCUGGUGAUCGGCUCGUUGUGUGUCGUUAUGUCCGUCGUCAUGCUUAUCGUUUAUGCCAAGUUCAAGUUCCCUGAUGAGGAAUGACCGACACCUCCAGAACUUUAGUUUCUUUACGGUUCAUUUAGUCCAUCAACUGUUGUAUUUGUGUUUGUUUCUCAUUACUCAAGGAGUGAGUUUACAGCAAAAAUCCAACCUGUUACUGAGGGGACUGAGGCGAGUACAGGAAGCCUUUUAUUAACUAUCGUACAUAUGUCGUUGUUAUUUUUCUGAUAUAAUGUUAAAUAUGCUGUUUCUAUAAACGGGUUUAAAAUGGUACGAAGACUCCACCAUAAAUUCUAAAAUAUGUUUCUAGAUUGAAACUUCCGCAACUUGAAUUAAUUUUCGCCACACGUCGGCGUGCGGCGUGUUCUGAGCUAGCCGAAGAAAAUGUACCUUUCAGCCACCUUAUUUGUAGGUCAGUGAGAAUAUCAAAGCCAUACUGAAGAUGUUUAACUUUACUAUACAUGUGAGAUUUGCCACGUCACUUGUAAAGUAAUACUGUAAAAAAUCAAGUAUACUGUAAUACUGCUUUUUCUGUCUCAGGGAUGUGGUGCACAUAGACUGUUGAGCUCAUGUUCUUUAAGAUUGUCUUUUUAAGCCGAACAUUAUUUGGAUUUGGUAUCUUAACCAUACAUGUUUAUAUUUAUUAAAUAAAAAUGGAACAAUUUCUA